ACGACGAUGGCCGCUGAUCUACUACGAACUCGCGUCAUAUUCCACAGUAAAUCUUUUGAUGUGGUUUCCUGUAUACAGCCCGGAUUACUAUAAAUGCCCAAAAGACUAGAAAUAACAGGAUAUCUUGAGCCGAAUUGUUACUUGCGUAGCUAGGAGUGCCCUUUGGCCGCGUCUCUGCGUGCGGCAGGCGGGUGAGUGCACUGUUCGCCGUGAGUCAAACGCAGCUUUUUCUGGACAUACUGCAUGUUUACGCCAGAACUAAAGAGGGAAAAAAACCAACAGUGGAUAGGUCGUGAAAAGUAAGCUGUUGGAGCUGCGGUGCUUAACCGUGGAGGCGCGUGGUAUAAUGCCAUCCUCGCAGACGGGACGGCGGGAUGGUGUCAGUGUCUUUGGUGCCCUGCUGGUGAUUUCGCGCCGUGUUUAGGUCGUAUAGAUCUUUUGCUCACAGUUUAUACUCAUUCUGUCGUUUCAGCUGGUAGAUAUCCAGUCAGGGGAGGAGCGGGCUGUCCACGGGUGCCUCUCCCGCGUCCGUUCACCUGACUGCUGUAGUUUCGGACUAGGGUACGGCCCGUAAACCGUGGACGGCAUGUACGUGAUCUCGCCUCUUGUCAUGUGGAAUUUUGACUGGUCACGCUAUGUGGUGUCAACGUAUCUAAUGCAGUUUUGCUUACUGGACAGUCGUCGCUGACCGGGGACGAGUAUUAACUACUCAGUUUUGCGUUCGUGGGGAUGCUUCACUCGAUUGAGCAGCAGAACGAAGCCGCGCAGGUCACCAAACUUCGCAUAGUGCUGAAACAGUGCAGAUCAGAUGGCUUAAGAGGAAGCAGUGUAUGGGGGUGCUAGCCACUGUCAGUUGAGAGGAACUGCUAGACGGGAGAGCCGGGUACAUACGACCAAUGCGCAUUUCAUGUGCAUUUGCUGGUGACGGGAAUACGAAGCACGGAAGGUGACGUGGAGCAGAGAGGCCGUCGCAGGGUCUGAUGAAACAAGCCACGCUGUGGAAGUCGUCACGGCAAUGCUGCUUGUUCGCCGGAACCGUAAAGUGGUGAAAACAGUGUUUCCAAUGCAACGGACGGGUCGCACCCGUUGUGCCUUUUCACGGCAAUGAAUACGCCAGGGCAGCGUGUCUCGGCUACACCGAAGGUUAGCAUCCUUCGUUUUCCAGCAGGGCUCCCGACAUGCGGAUCGUCUUCUUUGGAGGCUACGCUGUCGGUAGCCUCGCAAGCACCGACGGUGCCCUAAAGGGGUCCGCCUGUAUUCGCAAGUCACUCUUACCUUCACAGAGACAUUUGAGGAAUGUGUUUUACGUCAUUCACUUCAAACGAGGGUCGAAACCAUCUAGUCCCCUGGCGCGGGGUAGAUUUCUCGGGGUUCAGUGUUUUACUAGGGACACUAUAUCGUGGAUCUGUGCCCGUCUUUCUUCCUUCGGGAAGCCUGAUCGAUAGUCUCUCAACCGAGUGUAGGCUUCAGCCCCCUGAAUCCAUCGGGUGGUCCAUUCAGCCUUGAGUCUUAUAAUAAAACUCAUCUGACGUGAAGCGUGCCCCCAUUGAGCGACGUGGCUACGAGGAUUCGUAUACGAUUCCUUUGCGCACACUUAUUCCAGCAUAGGGGACGUAGCUCGAAAGAAACACGCAGCGUACAACCGCAUGGAUGGCUACCGCGCUGGCCGCAAAAUACAACUUCUACUUCAUCCUUUCUCUGUAGUAUCCCGCAACAGAUGUGUCGGACCUCGUUUGGAGCGAUUUACGGUUACAGUGUUGUAAUGUGUUCCGGUCUUACGGGCCCUCGUACUCUGUAUAUACGUGUAGCAGAGGAUAGGACGGAAGAGGUUUGAUCCUGUAGCUGUCGGUGUAAGCAUACACCGCGUGCGGUAGCCGUACCUGUUCUUGCCGGGGAUUGGUGAGCAGUGAGGAGGUUCCUGCCGCUGAAGGGCUAGUUCGGAUCGCGGACCAGUGGUCGCUAGACUGAACCCGCAAAAACACUGGUAGGAUGGUCAGACGGGGGGCGGGGGAAAGCAGAUUCGGCGACGUAAUGGUGACAUUUGAGAGGAAUCCUUCGUUACCAGUCCUAACUGGUUGAUGAAUGAAAGCGAAACACACGCGUUCAACGUGAAGAGACACGUCAAAUUUCUUCCAGUGCAGCUGUGCCGUUUGCGUGCCGCUGAGGCUUGGGUCAUCGUCACUUGUCUGGCACCUCUCGGGUCCGUUCUUGUGGAUACAUCGUGCAAGCGUCUGUAGAGAGAAUUUAUAUUCCGAAGCAUUUUCAUAAGGCAGGAGUCCUGGGUGUGCUCUGUUAACUUCCAACCGGGCACCAAAUCAGGAGAGGCUGUGGGCAGAUACGCCGAAAUCCCGGUGCUGAACUUUCCAGUGAGCGACGUAGUGAGAAUCGCCCGUGGUGUAGGAUUUGGCAGUUCAACAAACUUUUCUGCAACAGCGGCUUUGUGCGUUCCUGGCUGUUCCAUAAUUCGUGGUGGGAGCGACACUGCGACGAAACCGACAGACGGUGGAAGCUAGAAACCGUUCGUUGGGGACGCAGGUUUCCAUGCUGGUCCGGGGGAGGCGUACAGCUUCAGGCCUCCCUAUUAUAACCCGCUGUGGUUAUCUUGUAUACAUUAAUAACUUCAUCUACGUUGCGAUUUGCUACCUUCGGAGUUAACUUCGCUUGUGAUCACGGCAGUGACAUUGCGGCGGUGCAGUUGAAAGUUGACUUGGAGCGGUGCCAGUUGAUCUGCGGACACUAAAAUGGCGGCCGUCGUGACAGGUAGUGAUAUGUUGCUUGGAUUCGAGUUGGGCUCGCAGAUGAGCGUCGUCGCAAGUGGCACUCGCGAUGGUGCCGAUAGAGCGGUGAAUAAGGGAGGCUUGGACAAGAUGGUCGCGCGGCGUUUUAUCCCUUCCUCUAUUGCGUACGCGGGCAAAGUCCGCUUGUUCGGUGAGGAGGCGGAGGCGAGAGUAAACGCGGAACCGAACGAUACCAUUAUGGAAUUGCCGUUGUGGAUUCCCGUACACACGGUGGAACAGGCUAAGGCAUUGGAAACUCGCCUUGCUUUUUGCCCGAGCGUUCAAGUGGGUCUCCUCAGUGAUGGGGAACUGCUUUUUCACGUUGAUUUCAACAACCAGCAACUCAAAAUCCCCUUGCCAGUAGCCGUUGGAGCGUUCGUAGGUCGGCUGCACACAGCAGGACUGCAUCUAAGUGGUGCUUGCUCCACAGAACAGAAUAUGUCGGGAAUCGACUUAAUUCGCCACAUGCAUCAGCAUCGUCAUUUACCCCACAUCGGCGUUCUGGUCGUACCAUCUUCGAUUACAGAGAAGGAUUUGAUGAUACUCACUGCAGCUCAGGGCGUGGAAAAGGGGCCGUCGAUAAUGCUCUCAAGAAUAUCUGCGCUAAUCAACUGGUGGUGUUGCGAGAAACUUCCGGCGGAGUACGAAUCUUUGAUUAGGCUACAGUCUGCAACCGGGGCAUCUGUGAAGGAAAAGGGAGUGGUCCACGUUGCAUUGGUGGACGUUGGCUUCUCCGAAAUAUCAGUGGCAGUGAUUGAGCUCAGAACGGCAAGCACCGAACAAGACCCUUUGGUUGUGAGGCAGCCUCAAAAACAGGUGUCGGUCAAAGUUCUAGGGAGCGCAACGGCGGGAGAUAUCGGUGUCUUGGACGCUGUCAACGAGCUCGCCAAACACUUGAGACACCACAUCAAAGAGAGGUUCCACGAAGAAAUCAGAACAAAAACGGCCCGUUAUUGGCGCAUGAGUAAAGCGUGUAUGAAGGCGAUUCGUGCUCUUUGUGACGUAAACCAAGCGGCGAUCGAUUUGAAGUUCAUCCUCAAAAACAGCGACGUGCGCUACGACAUAACGCGGAAGCACUUUGACAAGCUGUGUGCGCCGCUGCAGGCCAAGCUCAGGGCAUUCCUGGAGGAAACUUUCAGCAAAGCGGGAGUAGCCGGCACGAACGUCGUUGCUGCCGAUGUCCUUAAUUCCCUUGCGAGAAGUGCUUGGAUCCAUUCCACCAUCGCCGAAGCAGUGCACUGUGAGGUUAAAGCAGGAAAAGCAGCGAAGGUUCGCUGGGUGGAGGACGGGGGAGCUGGAGCUGCUUUGGGAGCGGUGUACUGGGCGGCCGACAAGAAAUAUGUCGACAACUUAGUCGAUAGGAACCCGCCGUACCGGACUGAUAAGCUCCUCUGGAUGACCGCAAUGGAGACUGACAUCCAGAAGGUCGAACAGGGCGAAUUAGAAAGGAGGUACUUGCUUGCUCAUUUCGAGUCGUACGCCUUUGAGAUUCAGCAAGCAGCAAUGACUGUCAAAGAAGGUCUAGUGCGGAACGCAGAGCAACUGAAGAAAGAAAUAAAAGAUGCGGAGACUGCCCUUGGUGCACUGCACCAGGCGCCACUAGAGGAAGUGAAGCAUGCGUACGAGAAUUUCCGUUCGUACUUAAUGAACUCGGAACCGAGACUCUUUGAAGCAAUCGAGAAUGAAAGAGCCACCAGGAUCGGCCAAGCUAAAGGAAUUGAUCCCAGAAGAACAAUGGAUAUCGUUGUCUCUCAGCUCGGCCAAGAGAGCAACGCGAAGCUACCCAAUGCGGUAUUGCUGAAACGAGCAAAGAGAGACACCGAAGAAGCAUCUCAGUUACUCACCGAUGGCCAAACGGACUUGGCGGUGUAUCUGGCUAAUCAGAGUCUAGGAUACCUUUCCAAUAUGGACGCAAAAACUGCGAGCGACGCAGACAAAACAGCAGCAAUCGAGCUCCAGCUACACAACUAUCUUCAGCUGGCCAAGGCACAGACAACAGAAGCCGUUGAAGAUCGAGCGAUCGAUUACCGUUCUACACUGCUGACACAAGCACUUGAUAAUUGUAACAAAGCCCUGGCUAUCGACUCGAAGAAUGCAGACGCUCUAUUCCAACGAAGCGCCGCGUACAUGUCCAUGAACGACUUCAGUCGGGCAAAGGCGGAUGUUGACGCAGGCCUUGCGAUCGUACCGGGUAGUGAAACAGGCAAAGCGUUGUCCGCAGAAAUAACCGAGCGGCAGCAUUCUCACACAGCUUGAAACAGCGUCGGCCGCAUCUCUGGCCGAGGUGACGUCCGUCGGCCCGAGGUCUCUGCAGUGUUAACUUUUCAGAAGGGGAAUGAGACAAACUACCACCUCGAAGAGGGACGUGACAACGAUGUACCAGCAGUCCGAAUCUGUUGGUGAACCGCUGCUCGCCACCUACGCGUACGGCGGCGGGCAGUUUCGUUACGUGAAAAGCCCGUCGAGCUUUUGCGUUCGUGUGUGUGCAUGUACUUUGAGCACGUGUAGUGUGCGAGUGUGAAGAGGAAAUGGAGUUAUAUGAUGCUCAGAAGAGUUGCGUUAGGCGCAUUUUUUCCGUCCGUGUGCGCGUCUGAUGCAACCGUGUGGUGGAUCUCUUCAGUUUAUCCUAACAGUUGAGUGGUAGGGAUGUCAGAUCCUUUUCAGGCUGAUGGGAUGUGUUGUUGCUCGUGGCACAACACAUCGGAAACAGAGCAGAAGCGUAAGCAGGUCGGACCUCUUGCAGCUACGGAGAUGAGAAGUCGUCGAAGGAUGAGGACGUCGGUCAAAGUUACUGUAUCAGUGCAGCGUACACGCACACACUGCGGUAGAAUCGUUCGGAGAAAUUAAGUAGCUGCCGGGAGACCGUCAGUUGACCGCACUACGUAGCACCGGAGUGCCUUCCAGAUUCCGCACGGUAUAGGGCCACCGGCCAAAGCGUGACACACCAGUUCACCGUACGUGUCAACAACAAGCGCCCGACGAAGCGUGCGGUACAGUCAGCUGGCCCUCCCGCCAGGAGUCGGUUGCUAGUGGAGUUGAUGAGAUGGGGCUUGGUAGCAUUAGACGUGCGCGGGAAGAGAUAGCAGUAAGCUGAUGUUCAGGGUAGUUGUAAGCUUUCAGGAAAUGG